CGUCAAAGCCACGGACUGCGUUCACCUCACGCAUGUCUGUUCCAUUUGGAGGGUUCUAUCUAUAGCACAUCCCCACCUUUGGGCAACAAUCAACGCAGAUCAUGAAACAACAGCACGGGUCAUAGACCUGAUGAUCAGUAGAUCGAGAAUUCUGCCGCUUACAUUCAUCUACGACGACAUGUUCACUGACACUUUCGGGCAUAAAUGGACGACAGUCACCUCAGUUCUUCACCGGGUUCAGGUUCUCUCUCUAGUGAUCAACUCGCAAGAUUUCCCGUACGUUAGCAUUGCCUUUGACUCUGUGGCGGCGCCUGCUCUCCGGUAUUUGAGUAUUUAUCUCCGGUCAAUGAUCGAGGAUGAUACUCUCUCUAUAUCACGCCCUUUUCUUGAGCACAUGCCCGUGCUCUGUCAGGCGCAUCUGCGAUAUUGCCAGCUGCCCACUCGUGCAUCGUUCCCCCCUAUUACCCACCUCACGCUCGAUAAAGCGUAUCCGUCGGGCUACGCACCUUGGAAACUCUUAGACUCGUUGAAAAGUCUCCCCUUGCUCGAACACCUAGAGCUUAUCGACAGCUUGUUGGCGUUUGGGAGGGCCCCUCCAUCGUGGGACACCGGCAGGGCUCACGAGGUCACGUUCGCUCGUCUUCAGACGCUCAAAAUCUCUCAAGCCCGGUUUGAUCAAUACGCAGAUUUUAUAUCCCGCGUACAUUUCCCUGCAGACGCCUUGGUGGAACUACAGACUAGGUUGACUGGGACCACUCUUCCCAUUUUACCGCCUUGCAUCUUUGACAGAACCAUUGACACAUCCUCUACCCACUUUUCUAUCGAAUGGCUCGAUUCUAUGUCAUUCAGGCUUCUUUUGAAUAGGAAAGGGGAGACUGAUAGCGAAGACACCACCGCUUUUUGCAGUGUGGCAUCGUCGUGGCCGUGCCGCCUGAACGCUACAUUCUCCAGCUCCGGUGAACUCAGCCAUUUUCGAAAACGCGUUGUUCCACUCUGCGCGCAGCUGCCCCUAGAAUGCGUCACGCAUCUUUCUCUUAUCAUGACUGACGCAGCUGUCGAAGAUGUAAUGAUAUGGAAGAAUCUGCUGGACCACACACCUCAGCUGAUCACCAUUAUGACGCGCCUUUCAACGUACAACCUUCGAAGCCUAUUCAGCGCACUGGCUCUCCAAUCAAACUCUCUAUCCGGUGCCCAUCCGUUCCUCUCCAAACUCCGCACGGUAGUGAUUGGUAUCGACCGUCGACGGGGGCCUGCACCGCAUCUGCCUUCCUCAAGGCUUAUAGAACUGGCCAAAUCGCGUGCACAAAGUGGUAUCAAUCCCCUCACUGUUCUGAUAGAGAAGGGCUGCAUCGCGCCUGAGCCGUAUGUGGCACAGCUGCGUGACUUUUUGAGUGUAGUGCGGUGGGCUCCGACACCGCGUGCAUAG